AUGGUAGUACCGUCGGAACCAAGUGCAUACUUCAACUACCGGUCAUUAGACUCUCGCAGAACUGAUUUUUCAACGGCUUCGCUGUCGGACGUCUCCUCGCUUCAUUCCUCGACAUCGGAGAGAAACCAUGACACCGUGAACAGAGCGCGUAGCCCCUCUCCUGAAUACCAUUACGUCGAUCAUGAUCGCCAAAUAAGAGACGACUUGCAACCUGAUAGGACACCCAGAAAUACAGGCCCUCAUUCUGCGCGCCCAUCAGAUUCGGAUCCGUAUCUUCUUGGUCCUUCGACAGAGCGAAGCCGCGGCUACGCAACCUGGCUUCCUCGUACAUUUGGACAUCUUUAUUUGGGUGCGCUGAGUAUCCUCGCUUUGGCGUUGUGUCUGGUCAUAGCCCUCUUGCUCUGGCGAUCUGAAACGAAUUACGGGUUGGGGAACGAUCAUGGCUCCUCCGCUGUUCUUUUCGGUUGGAGAUUCAGUCCCACUCUAGUGGCCGUGAUUUACAUACAAUUCACUGCUAUGCUAUUUGACGAUGUAAAGCGUACAGAGCCGUACGCUCGCCUGGCACGACCAGACGGAGCAGCGGCAUCUUCAAGUAUUCUCCAAUCUCCGGGAGUUUGGUGGAAUGCCCUCCACGAUGGUCUUUCCAAAAAGAAGAAUGGAGGUCAUUCUCGAAGCUGGAUCCUCACAAGCGCCGCGCUAGUUAACAUUUUGGGGUUUCUUGUCAUCUCGCCUCUGUCAUCAGCAUUGCUAACCUCCGAAGAUGUGGCCGUUCCUCACAGCAGAGAGUUUGCUCGCCUGACACCGCAUUUUAACUCGCCUCUGCCCCUUGAUACGGAUCGCACCACUCGCUUUCGAACAAUUAGUCAUGUCCUCCAGAAUGUGACAACGUCCCCGUGGGUUACUGAUAGCUACACUAUGCUUCCUGUGUGGCCGGCUGAUUGGCCAACUGCGCCUAUUGGCUCGUUGUCGUCGACCUCUUCUCAGUCAUGGCAGGUUGAGACAACGAUGUUUAGAAGUAACCUUACCUGCGACAAGAUGACCUUGGAACAUACUUCUGGUUAUGACAACAAAGCUAAUAUCACUCUUCUCUGGUCUUCCCCUGUUGGGUGCACCUAUCGACUUCAUGUUGAAGGAAAUAACAUGUUCGGCACCGGUGGUGGUAGCUGGUCUAACGCAUCGGCAUUCAUAUACACCAAUUAUCUGCCCUACGUUGACCCUGGUUCGGAUUCGUACCAGGUCAAUAACACGGGAGACUGUCGGGGGCGUGAGAUCCUGGUUUUGAGCGAGUCAUGGGCCAAAAAGCCACAGGCGGCCUACAGUGCCCAUCUCUGCGCCACGAAGUACUACAUGGCCAACGUGACGGCCUCGGUCGAUCUAUCAAGCAACGAGCCCUCCAUCUCUUUUGAUGAAAGCGAGUAUGAUCGAAAGAAGACUAUUAUUCCCGAAAAGCUGCUGAACACCACGCAAUUGCAACAGCUUGCCCUUAACCCUUACUGGGCGAGCUACAUGAUUUCAAUGCUCUACCAGAAUGACAUGCCGAUUUUGGGUGGGCCUGCGAUUCUUCUUGGGGCUAGCUACGGUUUCAACAUGACAGACAUACUACAUGACCCGAACAUGACCCAGCGUGCGGGGGAGGUCAAACAACGCUUUUUCGGCGAAGCACUGCAGGCAUCGGUGACUCAUCAGGGUGCAUCUGAAGAGGUCCCCAUCAAUGGCCAAAUCACUGCCUUCGAGAAACGGGUAGUGGUUGUCAAGGGUCCUGCUGUUGCGUUGGCUGUUCUGCUUUUCCUCUCUUUCUGUCUCUUGCUUGUUGUUUGGCGGUGCUCUCGACUACGACAAAGACCUUUGAACUUGAAGAGUGAUCCUGCCACCACGGCCGAGGUGGCGAGUUUAGUGACACAUGACAGUAAAAUCAGAUCGUCUUUCAGUGGCCUCAGUGUGACCCCGGCGAAGGAAAUGCAGAAGCUCUUGCAAGGACGUCAUUACCACACUGAGCCUCAGGCCCUCUCCGAAAUACGUCGCGAUCCUUUGCAAUCUGAUAACACAUCUCCCGAAGUGUCAAAGUCUGAUCCCGCUCGACCAUCCACCUGGAUCCCUGGGGUGCUUCGUCUCGCUACGCUUUUAGGUCUGGUCAUAUCGCUCGCCGCAGUCAUCGUCGGCAUCGCUGUGUUGUACCACUUUGCCGAGGGUUCUCAGCUGUACCAGAAAUUCUUCGUCUAUCAAGCCAACAUCUCGAUCUUCAAUAAGAACAUCCCUACGGUGGCGCCCUUUUCCAUCAUUCCAACCCUGAUAGCUGUUGGGAUUGGCCUAUGGUGGAGUGCUAUCGACGACAACUUUCGCCGCCUCCAGCCAUUCCUUGCUAUGUCAAAUGGCCGGCCCAAAUUUUCGCAGGGCAUCAGUUUGUCAUACCAGUCGUCUUAUUGGGUCUGGGCAGCCGUCAAAGCCGCCAGAAAUCGACACUGGCUAUUAUUAUUGGUCACGCUGGGAGCAACCUUGACACCAAUCUUUACCACAGCCAUGUCAGCACUUUUCGAACGAGAAUCUGGCAAUAUCGCGCAGACACUCGACCUUCAGCGUGGGUUGGAAAUCCGCCGGAUUCCGUUUCUCUUUGAAACGCGGCAAUCGGAAAUCAACCAUGAGCCUGAUGAGUACGCAGCGAGGAUUGUGGGUGAUCUCUUCCAAAACCUCUCGACGCACUGGAUGUACACUGCUUCAAACCAACUUAUUUUGAACGGCUCCCAGCCGGCCUGGAGCAAAGAUGGCUGGAGCUUUGUCCCCUUGGAUCUGAGCAACGCCACCACUUCCCUGUCGAGCGUGGGUAAAAAUGCGUCUGCUUCGGCUCUUGGACGCAAUUUGAACCAACAUAGCGCAACGCACGCAUCUCCAUUCAAUGUCUCUUUUGUUACACCUGCCAUCCGGGGCCGUAUUGAAUGCAGCAGUGACGGAGCCGAGGGUCUUCGCAAUCUCUCUUCCUGGAUGUCUCUAUGGAACCCUGGUCCAAACGAUACUGUUGUCCCAGAAGUCACCUCGGGAUUUGAACUGGGUGCAUCAUAUGGAAACCGAGACUUUCCAAGCAUGAUCUUUCCGCCCGAGCCAGGACGCAACUGGACUAACUGCGAGCGAUGUACUUCCAUAUACGUCAAUCCUUCUCAGAUAAUAUGCUGUGGUAAUUCAACCAGCAGUCCCCCCAAUUCAACUGUUGCGGUUGGUUACUGGUCUCCAAACCUUAGUCCAUAUACAUGGACACCACGAACCUGGGAGCAUAAUUUCACAGCCAAGUGGUUUACUGGUACUGCUACGUCAGUCACCUUGACCAAGGAUAUCUCCGAUCCUAUGCAGCGUCUUGUAUUCAGCCAGCCACCCAACACUGUCGUCAUGAAUUGCAUGCCGCUAGUUGAAAGCGCCAACGCGAGGGUCACGGUUAAUCCUAGUACUGGUGAUAUCCAGGCGUUCAAUAUUCUUGAUAAACCAGAGACUCUGGAUGAUGCUUUUUCGGAUAAUUUCUUGAUUCAUAAUGGAACGCACAGAGAUCCAGAAGAUCUAGGGUACUUGGUCUUCAACACCACCAUAAGUUAUGGUCGUCUCUUCAUGUCGUCUAUGCUCACAGCCGCCAGCACUCUGAACCUCGCAGGCAACCGCGUCAUAGGCUUCACAACCGAGAACACAGACGACAACACUUACACAAUCCGCGACGAAACCAACGGCCUCAACAUGGAUUUCAUGACGUACGCUAUGUACUCCCUCGCAGGCAAAGACCCCUCCGCCCUCAUCGACCCAGAUACCUUCACCAAGUACGCCUCCCAAACGUUCUCGACCUUCUUCCAGCACUUCGCAAGCAACAACAUCUCGCUCGAAACCGGCAGCUGGGCCUACCAGCCCAUCAACGCCAGCUUACCCCACGACCUCGCUCCAGCCGUCGACGACAUCUUCACGCGCAAUCCAAACCCCGCGACGACUCAAGAUGUGAUUCACCCGAUCUCGCACACCAACCGCACCGUAAGCGCACGCGCAACCCGCCGCGUUGAACUCAUGCGCAUGAACGACGUCGCUGUAUGGCUGAGCAUCGGCAUCCUCGGCUGGCUAAUCCUCACCACAGCCGUGGUGGCGCUCCUCCAACGGCGAUUCCUGGGCCGCAUGAUGCGCAACGUCGAAUGCAUGGGCGACGUCCUGGUUAUGAUUGCCGGCAGCGACAACUUGAUCCGAGUGGUGCGGGAAAUCCAAGCGGGUCGGGUAUCGGCGGCGGAUACCGGGAAUCUGCGAACGAGAUUGGGGUGGUUCCUGGAUCAGAACGGUGAAGUGAGAUGGGGCAUUGAAUUGGAGAGGCAGGUUCUCGAUGGCCCAGAAGUUGAAUGGGUGGAUGGUCCCCAAGAAGACAGGGAAAAGACGGGGAGUCAGAUCACAGCCAGACCGAAGUAG